GGUGCUAGAUUUGUAAAAAGCAAUGUUUCAGGUGCUAAGGUUUUUGACAUAUUUGAAGCUAGAGCUUCUUGCAUUGAAAGGGUUGCCCAAAGAUUGGCCAAGCUGCAAAAAGAAGGAUGGAAACCUCGUAGAACCAUUAUAUUGUGUAGUUGGGAUGCAGAAGAGUAUCACUUGAUUGGUUCAACGGAAUGGGUUGAAGAUAACAGAGAGAUUUUAGCCUCAAGAGCUGUAGCUUAUCUUAACAUGGACUAUGCAGUAUCUAAUCAUGGAUUCCAUGCUUCCUCAACCCCACAACUUGAUGAACUUCUCAAAAAGGCAGCAAAAAUGGUUCAAGAUCCAGACAAUUCGUCGCAGACUCUAUUUGAAUCUUGGGUUGCUACUGAUUCUCCUCUGAUAAGGAGGUUAGGUGGUGGUGGAUCCGAUUAUGAGGCUUUUGUUCAGCAUGUUGGUAUCCCUUCAGUUGAUAUGAGAUUUGGAAGAGAUUAUCCCGUGUACCACUCCAUGUAUGAUGACUUCUUAUGGAUGCAAAAAUUUGGAGAUCCGUUGUUUCAUAGGCAUGUGGCAG